UAGGCUGAUUUAGUUCUUGCUUUUGUAACUAUACAAUGACCUCUGUUUCUCUUUAUUUAACUUGGCACAUGCAGCUGUUAAUUUAUGCAAUGGCACAGGGAGUCUAUGGAACGGAAGUCACUCUGCGGUAGAUCUGGGUGUCAUAUGCACAGCUGUAAUAAGCAAUAUUGUUGUUCUGAAUUAUAUGGCCUAGUGGGAGCAUAUACACAUUGUACAGUAUACUUGUGAACAGGCUUGUGGAACUUUGUUUCAUGCCAGCUCAGUUAGAUUCAUAAAUGUUCACAAACUUACCCUUCCUUAUAAAUAUGACUCAUCUAAGCACUGUCAGAGUCCAACCCACUAUUCCAGUCUGUUAAUGAGUAUGUUGUGGUCAACAACACUGAGAUCUAGUAAAACCAGCACUGAAAUUUUGCCAGAAUAAGCAUUUAAGUGAACAUAAUUUAAUAUCUUAUUCAGUGCUGCUUCUAUGGUUAGACAACCAGCUUUGAUGCACAAUGUAUUGGUACAAUUUUGGAUGAUUUUUGUAAUUUAUAGGUAUCAGUUGAUAUUGGAUAUUUAAUUAAGCAUGGCCAUUAUUCCUAUUUUUUACAUUUAGAUUGCAUUUAAUACGGAGCUUUAGAUGAGGCAAAUGUAAUCAUAAUAUUUAAGUCAACCUUUAUUUUAAUAACACUGUUUUUUUAGCAAAGAUAACCUUGUUUAUAGAAUUAAAUAAUUUUAAUGUCAUCCAUUUAUCGGUUAUUGCCCAUAAUAUGAAAAUAAUUCUUGUUUUAUCAGUAUAAGCCACAAUUUUAAUAUUUUUACAUUAGUUAGCCAGGUUUUAACCCUUUGCAACACCAUACCUAAUGUAGACCUAUGGAUAUCGUUACAACACUAUUAUCAGCUACAUUGUACACAGAACAACUAUUAAGCAGUCUUGUGUUGUUUCCAUGUCAUUUGUCCACUGGUGGAUAGUGUUUUCGGUUCAUCAGGAGAUGUUGUCCGAGCUCCGCAGCGCCCCCCUGCAGCUUGAAAACUUUCCCGUCUCGAAGUGAUUUCCUCCCCUGUUUUUACUUCCUGUUUUCUAAGGGAGUCACUUAACUCCGAUCAUUUCUGCUCAUCAGAGCUUCACUAUGCGUCUCUUCUUCUACCGGUAGUUUUUGCCGAUCUCUCCGUGGGCUCUCGGGACGGACUGCAAGCCGUAUCGACCGCGGGACAUUCACACACAUAUAUUCGGCUUUAGAUGGAGGUCGGAGGGCUGAACUCAGUCGUGUCUACGGCUCUAAUGGAUUUUACGUAGACUUGCGUUUUGUUUUAAUGCCUUUUACUGUCUUCCUGUCCGUUUUAUUAUCAUUUCUUGCAUUCGGUUUCCUCCUCUGCUGAGUGUCCAGCCUCGACCGCCCCUUUAACUCCAGCAACAAUGUAACUAACUCGAUCGCUUGUUCAUCUAUCUUCAGCCGAGCUCGACUCCGACGACCGCAGUGCGCGUUCGCCGCUUUUAAAGUUUCACGCUGCCGUCACGGUAUCGUGUAUUUAUUCGCCGAACUUUACGAUGGCCGAGCUUCAGCGGCCGACGCUGUGUUGCUGUCGCAAAGUGCUGACCGUGCCCGGCAAGUCCUGCGAGGGCGGCCGGAGUCUGGCACACUGUCGCCUGGUGGACAUCGCGUCAGCGUCCAACUUCCACAGCUUUAAACUCCGACAUUUCCAUCUGGACCUCCACCUGAACUUUGCCGUCAAAAGGAUGACGGGAUGGCAGGUUCUGGAGCUCACGCCCGUCCAUCCCGGCGUCCAAUCCCUCAUUCUGGACACGCAUCCUUCGCUAUUAAUUCAUUCCGUGGACUGUAAGGUGCCCGGCGCGUCCGGUGCUCCUGACGUGUUUUUGUCCCUCACCUACCGAGUAGAACCGUUCACCGAUUACGGAUCCUCUCUGAACAUCAGCCUCCCGGCCGCGGUGAUCCGGCCGCACCGGGCUUUCCGUGUCACCAUCCGCUACACUACCACAGACGGCCCUGCGAUUUGGUGGCUGGAUGCAGAGUUGACAUGUGGACAAACCCGUCCAUUGGUCUUCACUCAGGGUCACUCGGUCUGCAACCGGUCAUUUUUUCCCUGUUUUGACACGCCGGCCAUCAAAAGCACCUACUCUGCCACUGUCAGGGUUCCAGAGGGUGUCACAGUGUUGAUGAGUGCCUCAAGAAGUGCAUACUCUAAACAGGACAGGGUUUUCCAGUUCUCCAUGGAGUACCCUGUCCCAGCGUAUUUGGUUGCCCUGGUGGCAGGAGACCUACAGCAUGCAGACAUUGGGCCCAGGAGUCGUGUGUGGGCAGAGCCCUGCAUCCUGACGUGUGCAGUCAGUAAACUGGGCGGCAAUGUGGAGCGCUGGCUUAAUGUGGCAGAGGGGCUCUUUGGCCCUUAUGUAUGGGGAAGGUACGACAUAGUGUUCCUUCCUCCUUCAUUCCCCAUCGUUGCCAUGGAAAAUCCAUGUCUUACCUUCAUAAUUUCCUCCAUACUGGAGAGUCAGGAAUUUCUGCUGAUUGAUGUCAUCCAUGAGAUUGCUCACGGCUGGUUUGGCAAUGCCGUCACCAAUGCUACCUGGGAAGAGAUGUGGCUCAGUGAGGGUCUGGCCACUUACGCUCAGAGGCGCAUUACCACAGAGGCCUAUGGAGAAGCCUUCACUUGUCUUGAGACAGUGUUCCGUCUAGAUGCUCUUCACAGACAAAUGCGUCUUCUUGGAGACAACAAUCCUGUCAGUAAGCUGCAGGCCAAAUUUGAGCCAGGUGUAAACCCCAGCAGUCUAAUGAAUCUGUUCACCUAUGAGAAAGGCUUCUGCUUUGUUUCUUACCUCUCACAGCUGUGUGGCGACAUCAAAUUUGAUAGCUUUCUUAGGGCCUACAUUGAGAAGUUCAGAUUCACCAGCGUAAUCGCUCAGGAUCUGUUGGACUUCUUCCUUGGCUUCUUCCCUGAGCUGAAGGAGAGCUGCGUUGCUCAACGAGAGGGACUGGAAUUUGAGCGUUGGCUAAAUGGCUGUGGUCCUCCGUUAUGUGAACCAGAUCUCUCAGCGGGUAGAGCUCUAACGGGCCCUGUUCAGCACCUGUGUGACCUCUGGGGCACAGACACCCCCGACCCCCAAGUGAUUGCUACAUUUGACCUCUCUUCCUGGAGCACCUUUCAGACCGUCCUCUUUCUGGACCGACUUCUAGACCGCUCACCUCUGCCUCAAGAGGUGAUGAGUCUUUUGUCAAGCUGCUACUCUGCAUUGUUGGACGGUAUGAACGCUGAAGUCCAGAUUCGAUGGCUGCAGAUUAUAGUGCGAAACAGCUUUUAUCCUGAUCUGCCUCGAGUCCGCAGCUUCUUGCAUAAACAUACCUCAAGGAUGUACACAGUGCCUCUUUAUGAGGAUCUGUGCGGAGGAGUGAUGAAGUGUUUUGCUGUGGAGGUAUUUUAUCAAACUCAGGACCGUUUGCACCCUAAUCUACGUAGGACACUUCAGCAGAUACUGUUCCAAAGCAGCGCCCUCAACACCAGCACAGCUCCAUCUCUACUCGCAUUACCACCCUCUGCCCCUUCCUCACCCACAGACCCCCCCGCCAACGGGACCAUUGCCCUGCGAGACGUCAAUGUGUCUGCAUGAGAUCAAAACUUUUGUGGAGAAGGGUUGAGGUGAAAGGCCAAAAGGGCAGGAACAGUACAGGGCUUGAACUCCCUGGCUCAGACUGGACUAUAGCAAUGCAUUGUGGGAGGGCAGCGCUGAUAGGUGUACACUCUCACCAACACUGGGAUGUCUAUUUAAAAAGGCAGACACUGAUUUUCAUAAGCUAAACAUGAAGCUGCUCAGGAUUGUAGAACAAAAAUAGAGGACGGAUGUUUGCGAUGGUUAUUAUGCCAUGACCCAAGUGUGAGUGUGUUUGUGUGUGUGUGCACAUAUGGAUAGGGCUAUGUCAGUAUCAAGGAUACUGGUUGUCAUCUGUUAGCCAUUACCUAUUUGAGUGUGUGUGGAUGUGUGUGUCUAUUUUUUUUGGGGGGUGUUUUGCAUAUGAUCCUCUGGCCCAUGCACAUCAUCUCAUCUGCAUCUGUUCUCCAAUACAACUGACAAAUCAAUUGGAGGAUUUGACAAGAUUUCAGAAACUUUCCUUUUGCUAGCUGCACAGAUGUGUAAUGUGGAGGACCAAUCCCUGGCGAAUCCCCUUCCUGGACAGUGUUUGAGAACUGGUGUGAAUACACAUACAGUCCGUACUCAUUGUUCAAAUCCAAUCAUGGCCUAAUGAAGACCCUACAGAUUUCACACACUCUUAGCCUUUCUGUGAUAAAUGGAUUGUUUCCUUUUUGUUUGAUUUUCAGUUACUGGAAUGUGUCUUUCUCAAACUUCUCUUUCCUGGUGCUAACCACUCAGCAUUGAGUCUCAGGUAUAUCAAGACAGAAGAAGUGGAGCCAUGUUAGUGCCUUUCAAACCUUUCAACACUGUGGGUGUUUUCAACACUGCUGUCCAAAUGAACAGCCUGUAUUUGUGAUUUGAGCCAUACUAGGGUGACAUUGGUGACCAUUGGCCUACUUGCAACAUUUGUUAAGAUGUUAUUUUCAGGAAUUGAGAUGCUGUGGUGAAUUGAGAUGCUUUUCUUUUUUUCUUUUUUUUGGAAGAAAAUGUUUCCUCAUUUAUUUUACCAUGGUCAAAUUUCCCUUAAAUUAGUGACAUUUGAAGAGAAAGGAACAGAUUUUGAUUUGAUGGAGUUACAGGUGGAUGGGUCCAAGCUGAUCAUCAGUGGCCUUAAUGACAAGUACAGUGGAAGUCAGGUUCAGUUUUACAGGUAAUAAAAGACAUCAGAGAGCACUUUGUUUGUCGUGUCUGAGGAUCCCACCUUGGGACUUCACCUUCUUGAGUAAGAGGUUAUAUGACAGACACUCAUCAGCAAGUGAAAUAGUUUCUCUUAACUUAUAGAAUCAUAGCUUUUGUUGAUUGGAGGCUUAAACUGCACAGCCAAUAAUAAAAGGUUUUGUUUUCCACCCUCAUCUAA